AUAAUCGUCGAUAGCGCAUCAUCAGGGUCGAGGCUGGCCGGGUGGCCAGUCAGCCGACCGUAUCGACGUUGCCAGAGACGCCGCGAAAAACUCCCUCUUCUCUUUCUGUAUUUUCACCUUAGUAGCUUCGUGACCGGGCCGUCGAUAGCACACGCUGCCUGCCGACCACACGUCUUCUUCCGUCGACCAUAGCCAUUUUCUUUUUUUUUAUUUUUUUGCUCCUUCUUUUCUCUCUCUCUCUCUCUCUCUCUCUCUCUCUCUCUCUCUUUUCUUUCUGCCCUCGUUUUUGAAAAUAUCCAAGUAAUCGAAGCUCUCUGGUCAUAGACGGCUACCUAGCUACGUGGGCUACCUCGCGAGAUCCGAGGAAUAAUCCGCAAGAACAACGAACUGUUUCUCGAAUUGAAUCACAUCGAAGGAAGGCCGAGGCGAUAAAGUCGACGCGCGCGCCUGCGAUGUGAUGCGCAUACCCCCAAUUAUUAUUAGUCCAAAUACGAUCGCGUUAGUCAUUCAUUUUCCCAUUAAAAGCUACGAAAUCAACGAAAUCGUUACUCUUUUGUCCGGAUAUUUGGUUAAGGAAAAAUAACGAAGUAAAAGGAGAAAAGUAUCGAGCAUGAAGAUAUUCGGAGAAUCUUCGAGGAGGACGAUAAAGUGACGGUUACGAUCGGAAAAAGGCUGAAGAGAUUUUUUUUUUCUUCGAGAAAUGUGUUGGAUGAGAAAAACAUGAUGAGGUUCUCGUGCUUUCCAAGAGCGAGUAUUCUCAGUCAGCGUGGCAGCAUCAACUUUACGCACAAACACGAGCACGAUGGCGGAACGAGCGUGUCGAGCGUCGUCGUGAAUGGAAGCACGAGGAGUCCCAUCGCUACCAGUUACAAGCAAUCGGGCGAGCCGGAUCUGACUUAUGGCGUCAUACGUCCGCUUCCAAAUGCCAUCUCGUCUAACGGAUCGGUUUGCUCGGCAUCGACGAGCAAAAGUCGAGCAAGCGAACCUUCCCGGGUGCAAAGUCAUCGAGAGAAUUUGGAGAGUCACGAGGAGAGAUCCGAGCAGGAUGACGGAUACGAGGAGGUAAAACCGGCUAAUCCCCGUGGCGGUGUGAUCGGGAGGACUCCUACGCCGCCUACCUCGGCGGCGCCUAUACCUAUUCACGAAAAGGACGCCAGGAGCGCGAGACAGAUAAAGCGCGCCAUUUUGGAGAACGAGUUUCUUGGUAAUCUCGAGAAUAGCCAGGUAGAGUCUCUCGUCGCGGCUAUGUAUCCGAAACAGUUCCCACCCAAUACGAUGGUUAUUCGCGAAGGAGAUAUAGGAUCUCAUUUGUACGUGUCGGCGGAAGGGGAGUUCGACAUAUACCAAGGUAGCAAGUUCCAACGAACCUUUGGCCCUGGCGUCGCAUUCGGAGAAAUAGCCUUGCUUUACAAUACGAAGAGGCUUCGUUCGAUCGGAGUCAAGAAGUCCGGUAAGGUAUGGGUACUGGACAGAUCGGUUUUUCUAAUGGUCAUGAUGAGGAGCGCCCAAGAUCGGCUAGAGGGCAACAUCCGCUUCCUACAGCGAGUCUCCGUUCUUCAAAAGCUUCCAGAACCGAAGGAUCAGAUACUUUCAAAGAUCUCAGAUCUCAUAAGAGUGGAAUUCUUCCCGGCCGGCGCAAAAAUCCUUCGGCAGGGUGAAAAGGGCGACAAGUUCUUUAUAAUUAGCGGCGGAAACGUAAGAAUAACAAAGGACACCGAGUACGGCGACGAGGAGGAGCUUGUGGUACUCGGCAAAGGGCAAUACUUUGGGGAGAAGGCUCUUUACGACGAUGAGGGAGAGCACCGUCGGCACGCGAACGCGAUCGCCCUUGCACCUGGCGUCGAGUGCCUUACCCUCGACGGAUCAUCCUUCCUCAAUUAUCUGGGCAGCCUCGAGGAGAUUCGCAACAAGGAUUGGCUCGACGAGUACGAGAAGCAAAAGUGCUCGCUGACGCCGAAAAAGUGGACGAACGAGUAUUCGAAUUUGACAUUGUUCGAUCUCGAAACGAGAGGCACGCUCGGCGUUGGCGGCUUCGGACGUGUCGAAUUGGUAACGUUAAAGUCCGAUCCCGACAAAAGUUUUGCCCUGAAGAAGCUCAAGAAAAAGGUUAUGGUCGAUCAGCAACAACAAGAGCACGUUCUCAACGAGAAGCACAUUAUGCAAGCCUGUGACUCGCCAUUCAUAUGCAAACUUUAUCAAACGUACAAGGACUCCAAGUACGUCUACUUCCUCAUGGAAAUCUGUCUUGGUGGUGACGUAUGGACGACUCUACAAAAGAGACGAUUGUUCGACGACUCCACGGCGCAGUUCAUGGUAGGUUGCGUCGUCGAGGCUCUAGAUCAUCUUCACUCCUUGAACAUCGUUUAUCGUGAUCUCAAGCCGGAAAAUCUGAUGCUCGACUCUCGUGGCUAUCUCAAGCUGGUUGAUUUUGGAUUCAGCAAAAAAAUUGGUCCUGCCAAGACGUGGACCUUUGCAGGUACGCCCGAGUACGUUGCUCCGGAAAUAAUAUUGAACAAGGGACACGACAGGGCGGUGGAUUAUUGGGCACUCGGCAUCCUGACGCAUGAGCUUCUCGUCGGCAAACCACCCUUCCGUGCGGCCGAUCACAUGACGACGUACAACAAGAUUCUCAAGGGGAUCGAGGUCGUCGGUAUACCGAGCAUCAUUAACAAACAUGCCAAUCAAUUUAUUAAGAAGCUUCUACGGCAUUCCGCUUCCGAGAGAUUGGGCUAUCAAAGAAACGGCAUACAGGAUAUACGCGAUCACAAAUGGUUCUCCGGAUUUAAUUGGCAAGCUCUUCAGCGAUUAGCCUUACCUGCUCCUAUAGUGCCGACGGUGCGAAAUCGCAUCGACACGCGAAACUUCGAAAGAUAUCCUCCAGAGCGAGAUAUUCCGCCAGACGAAUUUUCAGGUUGGGACAAGGACUUUUGAUCGGAACGAAGAAUAUAUUUCUUUCGCCUCGAUCGUUGGAAGAGACUCUUUUGUAUUGUAAUGGCGCGCGCGUUCCUCGAUAAGAGAUAUUAAUCUAAAACGAUAAAAUUAUAAAUGACACACGAUGUAAACACGUUCUUUUUGGGGAAGAAGGCGUAGAGAGAGAGAGAGAGAGAGAGAGGGGGGGGGGGAGGGAGAGGGAGAGGGAGGGGGAGAGAGAGAGAGAAAAAUCCUAGAUAAGCGAUAAGGAUUAUCUUGAUUACGAUAUCCGUUCUAUCCGGCUUUUCAAGCAAUAGAACGCUUGAAAUAUAUAUAAUUGAAAGGCUUUCCUCAAACGAUCGUAUUACACUUUUCAAAUGAUUCUUCUCCGUUGACACGCAUAAGGCGUAAAUAUAAAAUUAACAAUUAGAGAUAUUGUAACGUUACUUUCGAGAACGAUAUUCUCCGUUUGAAUAAAAUAUAAUGUCGUAAACCUCGAGAUUUUUCGAUGACUACGUCGUCUGUAGAUGAGAAUAUUAACGUUUUUCAAUAAAGAAUUUCAUUAAUAUA